CUGUACCUGGUUCAUCUAUCCUCUCUCUCUCUCUCUCUCUCUGUACUAGUAAAGUCAGUUUCUUUCACUUGUUGCAAAAAAUUCUCUUCAAUUUUUGAGGUGGGUGUUGCUUCUGAGCCAUUGAUUAGUGGAAAUGGGCGAAACAUGCAAAGAUUGGAGCAAAUGGGCAGAGGAAAUCUAUUGGACCCGCUUCCAAACAAUUCACUUCUCUCAGUAUCUCCUCGGUGAUUAUGAUCGCCAGCUUGCCAUCCCCAAAAAAUUUGUUGACAAUAUGAAAAAGAAGCUGCCUCAAAGUGUGUCUCUUAAAGGUCCUAGUGGUUUAACAUGGGAUGUAGAAUUGAAGACUAUUGAUGAUACAUUGUUCUUUAACCAUGGUUGGCAAGAAUUUGUCAAGGAUCAUUCUUUGGAAGAGACUGAUUUAUUGGUCUUUAGGUACAAUGGUUGGUCACAGUUUGACGUUUUAAUCUUUGAUGGAAAGAACUUGUGUGAGAAAGGGGCUUCGUAUUUUGUCAGAAAAUGUGGGCUGACUGAACAUGACAAUGGAUGCUUGACAAAGAAAAAAACAAGGGAAGGUUCUAUUGAUGAUGUUCAUACCCCUUUGGAUGAUGGUGUUGCAUGCCCUUCACCUUUGAACUAUGUAAGUGAUGACAGUGUCACAGUGCCUUCAGAACAAUGUAUCAUCUCUCUUGUCAGUAAUAAAAGGACCCGGCAGAGUGCUAGGAGUGUUGGGAGCAAGGAACCUGCUACUUGUGGAGAGGGAGUGAAGUCCGCUGCAAGUGAUGAUGCUGAAUGUUCUCCCGUCUCUAAGAAUUGGCCACAAGGCCCGCAAUAUUCGUCAAAUAGAAGGCUUGUAUCUGAAGAUGAGAUCAAGAAUGCCUUGCUUUUGGCCCAAGCAGCAUCAAGCGAUGAUACCUACCUUGUUGUUAUGCGACCCACACAUGUAUACAAGAGAUUCUUUGUGUACAUCCCUUUAGAAUGGGCGACGAAUCAUCUCUCACUGGAAAACCAAGAAAUCCAUCUACGUUUUAAAAAGGAUACAUGGCGAGCCAGAUAUAACCAUAAUCGAGUUCGUGGGUAUGGAGGGAUUACGGGAGGGUGGAAACAUUUUGUUAUAGACAACAACCUUGAGGAAUUUGAUGUCUGCCUCUUCAAGCCUGCUGGUCAAAUGGAUGGCUCGACUAUCCUGGAUGUUAGCAUUUUCCGGGUUGUUGAAGAGAUUAGCCCUCGGACUUUAUUGACUCCACCACGAAAAAGGGGUAGGAAAAAUUCAAUCAGGAUCCACUGAAGCAGAAGCUUGUGAGUCAUACAAGAUGUGCAACCUCAUUGUGGUCUAGAAUAUCUGAGGAGGGAAAAUUGUUCUGUUACCUGUGGACUGCACUUAAUGUAACAUACUAGCCUUUUGUGCACUCAAAUAAGUUUAUUGCCAGACUACUUACUGUUAUUGCGGAUGCUUCAAGGGGACUUUAGUGAUUAGUAGUUUAGUGACCCUUGUUUUUGUUAAUAUGUUUAGUGGAAUGCACUGUGAGUCUGUGACUCCUCUCUAAUUAUAUAAUUUUGCUUUGUGGUUGGCUAUCA